AUGCCACUCCAGCUCGACCCCGAAGUAGCAGCAGCAUUCGCGCCUCUCGCCAAGCUAAUAGCAUCCAGGCCACAGCUUCCACGCGGCGACGUUCUCGGGCGCCGCAAGAGAUCCAACACGAUGAUGGCACAAAUGAUGAGCACUCUUCCCGACUACCCAUCCGUCACUCGAACAAACCAUUCCAUCAAAAGCUUCGAUGGGACAUACAUUACCAUUGCGGAAUUCCGCAAACAAGGAACCUCUCACUCCUCUUCUCCUCCUCCUCUCCAUGGCGAAGGAAAAAGCAGUAGCAGUAACAACAACAGCAAAGCCCUCUACCACAUCCACGGCGGCGGCAUGAUCCUCGGCAGUGUCGACAUCUUCUCCCCCAGUACCGCCCAACGGUGCGAGGAGACGGGACUUCCCAUUUUUGCCGUGGAGUAUCGUUUGGCUCCGGAGCAUCCCCAUCCGACGCCUGUGGGGGAUUGUUGGGCGGGACUGCAGUGGUUAAGUCGAAAUGCGGCGCGGUUGGGUGUGGAUGCGAGGAAGAUUGUUGUGGUGGGAGAGUCGGCGGGAGGAGGGUUGGCUGCUGGAACAUGUCUGCUCGCUCGAGAUGAGAAGCUAUCUCCACCCGUGGCAAAGCAAAUCCUCAUCUUUCCCAUGCUGGACGAUCGCACCAAUCAUGACAAUAAUGAAUCUACUCUCCGCGACAUCGACGCGGUCGCAACAUGGAAACUAGAUGACAACGCCACAGGCUGGAAAGCUCUCCUCGGAGACCAAGCAGGAUCAUCAGACACCCAAGCAGUGUCCGAGUAUGCUGCACCCGCUCGAGCAGAGGACUUGUCCGGUCUACCACCCACCUAUAUCGACUGCGGUCAGCUAGAUAUUUUCAUUCGCGAGGAUACCAAAUUUGCCAGUCGUUUGAUGGAUGCACGAGUGCCGACCGAGUUUCACACGUAUCCCGGUAUGCCGCAUGCGUACAUGAUAUACGCGCCCGACGCGAGAUAUUCCAAGAUGCACGCGCAGAAUGUCUUGAAUGCGAUUGAGAUGGUGUAGGGGAGAG